UUUCAGACCAACAGGCGGAGGCUUUUGACAAUUGUCGCGCGGUCCACGCGACGGCAUGCGUUCCGUUUAAAAACCUGCUCUAUCGACUACCAUAAAUAUGGUUUAUUAUAAGAUCGAGCUGCUCUUGAUAAUGAAUUGAUUGUCUGUGACAAAAAAAUAUUAGAAAAAUGACAACUAAAAAGCCAUUCCAAUUGACCCUUGCGAUUUUAAAACCCCACGUCGUUAAAAAUCCAUUUGCUCUGCAGAAUAUUAGAGAAAUGAUUUUGUCUAAUGACAUUAAGAUUGUGAGGACACAGAGAACCAUUAUCAAUCAAAAACUUGCUGAAAAAUUUUAUGAAGAACACAAAGGAAAAUUUUUUUAUAAUAGACUUACUACUUUUAUGAGCAGUGGACCUUCCGAUAUUCACAUACUUACUGCUCCAGAUGUGAUAGCCAAAUGGCGAAAACUUUUAGGGCCUACAAAAUGUUAUCAAACUCAAUUCUCAGAUCCAAAUACAAUUAGAGGCAUGUUUGGCUUAUCUGAUACUAGAAACGCUGGCCAUGGAUCGGAUUCUGAAGAAUCAGCAGCAAGAGAAAUAUCUGUAUUUUUCAGUGACUUUAAGAUAAAAGAUUGGUAUGAAAAUGAAGAAAUACAUUUUGAAACAGGGAACUUGAAAUUUGAUGAAGAUUUGUUUGUUCAUCUCAUAAAUAAAAAUAUAGUGGGUGACUCAAAAUAA